CCGCUGUGAGGAGGCUUCUCUCCAGCCGCAGUGCCCGAGCGGUUUCCGGAGUAAGAUGGCUGCAGUGCGUGUUCUCAGGACCUGGAGCCGGAACGCCGGGCAGCUGAUUUAUGUUCGCUAUUUUCAAACCUGUAGUAAUGUGCACAUUUUGAAGCCAAAUUGUAUAUGUUUCCUUCGAUAUCCCUCCUUCAAGUAUGGCCAUCCACGGCACUUCCUAAAAACAUCUGCUGCUUUACAAGGACAGAUUGUUCAGUUCAAACUCUCAGACAUCGGAGAAGGCAUUCGAGAAGUAACUGUCAAAGAAUGGUAUGUGAAAGAAGGAGAUACGGUAUCCCAGUUUGACAGCAUCUGUGAAGUUCAGAGCGAUAAAGCUUCGGUUACCAUCACGAGUCGUUACGAUGGCGUCAUUAAAAAGCUCUACUAUAACCUAGACGACAUCGCCUAUGUGGGGAAGCCAUUAGUAGACAUUGAGACCGAAGCUUUCAAAGAUUCUGAGGAAGAUGUUGUUGAAACUCCUGCUGUGUCCCAUGAGGAACACACACACCAAGAGAUCAAGGGCCAGAAAACACUGGCAACUCCUGCAGUUCGCCGACUGGCAAUGGAAAACAAUAUCAAGUUGAGUGAAGUUGUUGGCUCGGGAAAAGAUGGCAGAAUACUUAAAGAAGAUAUUCUCAACUAUUUGGAGAAGCAGACAGGAGCCAUUUUGCCUCCUUCACCCAAAGCUGAAAUCAUACCACCUGCACCCAAACCAGAAGACAGGAGUGUCCCCGGACCUGCAUUUACACCACCAGUCUUCACAGGCAAAGACAAGACCCAGCCUCUCACAGGCUUUCAGAAAGCCAUGGUGAAGAGCAUGACUGCGGCUUUGAGGAUCCCUCACUUUGGCUACUGUGACGAGGUUGACGUGACUGAGCUUGUUAAGCUGCGGGAAGAGUUGAAACCGGUCGCUCUGGCUCGUGGCAUUAAGCUCACUUUUAUGCCCUUCUUCUUAAAGGCUGCUUCUUUGGGAUUGCUACAGUUCCCCAUCCUUAAUGCUUCUGUGGAUGAAAACUGCCAGAAUAUAAUAUACAAGGCGUCUCAUAACAUUGGGAUAGCAAUGGAUACUGAACAGGGCUUGAUCGUCCCAAAUGUGAAAAAUAUUCAGGUCCGCUCUGUAUUUGAGAUUGCUGCAGAGCUGACCCGCUUACAGAAAUUGGGUUCAUCAGGUCAGCUCAGCACCCCAGACCUCACUGGAGGGACAUUUACUCUUUCCAACAUAGGAUCGAUUGGUGGUACCUAUGCCAAACCAGUGAUUCUGCCCCCCGAAGUAGCCAUUGGGGCCCUUGGAUCGAUUAAGGCUCUUCCUCGAUUUAACCAGAAAGGAGAAGUCUAUAAAGCACACAUAGUCAACGUGAGCUGGUCAGCUGAUCAUCGAAUUAUUGACGGCGCUACCAUGUCACGCUUCUCCAACUUGUGGAAGUCCUACUUAGAAAACCCAGCUUUGAUGCUACUAGAUCUAAAAUGAACACUUGUAAGACAUCUUUGAACUUCCAAAGAAGAUGCAAAGCCUAGCUGUGCCAAGCUCAUAUUCUUCACUACAAUUUGUACCAUAAAUGACUUGUAUUAUGCGAUUGGGGUUCUAAUGUACAAUAGCACUGUUCUAUGAGAUGUUUGUGGAAAAUGAAUAAUGG